AUGGGGCGGAAGCAUGAAAAACCGUGCUUUAGGGCGAAGAGUGGAUUAGUCAUAUUCCAAGAUUGGCACUUGUGGCAGAAUGACUACUCGCAUCGACGGCGACGGCGCGCAUUGAGCUUUAAAACGAGUGCCGUUUGGCGUCUGGGUUUUCAAUUGGCUUGCAAGCUCGAAAAAUUGAAAAUGACAAGCCGUUGUCACCUAAUUCUUAAACCCCUCCCAUGUCAAUUCAAGAGUUGA